UUCAACAAACUACCUCUGAUAUCUCGGGGUCAUCAAAUAAAAUUAAUACUGAAUUACCUGAAACUCGACCUAAUAAAGUGCAAAAAAUUAGUCAAAUAGAGGAAGAUUCUGUAACUAAAAGAACUGAAAGUGAAGAGCUCUCAAGCCAAACAUCAUAUAAUAUGGGUUCGCCAUUUCAUUUUUCAUCUCAAGAACAAAAUGUGAAUCAUCAAGUAAUUGCAGUUGAUCAAUCUUUAAAAGUUUCAGAUGUUAAAAUAUUAACAAAUCAUGUAAGCAAAUCAAAUAAAACAAAAUUAGCAGCAAGAGCUCCUAGUUGGGUUUGGGAUCAUAUGAAAAAGGACAAAUCAAAAAAAAAAAUUAGAUGUGAUGUAGUUAUAACUAAACUAAAUGGAAAUGAAAAAAAAUAUGAUAAAAUAUUUAGUAUUGCAACAUCAACUACGCACCUUGGUGAACACCUCAAUUCUGUCCACAGAAUUUUUUCUUAUCAACAAUAUGGAAAAAAUUCAGAUGGACAAACAAUAAUAGAUCCAGAUAAAUCAAUGCCGACCAUACCUUCAAUGUUUUCAAAAAUGGAAGCUCAUAAGCCGAUUAAACAACAAAAAUUAUUAUAUCGUUUAACUGCAUGGAUAGUUGAUGAUUGUCAAGCAUUGACCGUUGUAGAAGGAAGAUGUUUUUGA